AUGAGGCCAAGUGGCAUCCUGAGCAAGCGUCGUAUGUACAGGAGCUUAUUCGACAGGGGAAUAUGGAUCUUUUCAAUCUAUCUUGAAAUAGAGCUGGAAUCUGUGGCAGUAAAUGUAACCAUCCAGGAUUUUGUGGCUGAUGUGGAGUCUAAGCUGUUUUUCCGCAAUAAGCAGCAAGUCUCUGAGGAGAUCAUGUUCAUCUUUCCUGUGGACUCUGACACUGUUGUAUACACCUUCUAUGCUACCAUGGGGGACACUCGUAUUGAAGCAAUGCUCUGGGACAAGGAGGAGGCCCAGAAGCUGCACAAAGCCACUUCAGGCAUGGAGAAUUUGAGAUACCUGCAAGAUCAGCCACAUAUUUGGGGUCCAGUGUUUGCUUGUUUCUUGGGGACCCUGCCUCCUAACAGGGAGGUGGCCAUCAACCUGUGCUAUAUCCAGGAGCUGCCGCUGCAUACUGAUGGAUCUGCCUUGUUUUGCUGGCCACGAGACCUUUUCCCCCAACAUACACGCUUUAGCUGGCGGAUUUCUGAGGACGAGAUAUUGGAAAACCUGCGCUUUAGAAUAUGCCUGCAGUCAGCCUGUGGUGUGUCUCAUAUAGACAUUAACAGCAGCCACACCCCUCUGCAAUACACAGCUCCAGAUCAGACAUCUGCUGAGGUUUCAUUGAAAUCAACACCCUGGCAUUUUGAUGAUUUGCAAUUGCUUGUGUAUUAUAAAGGGCCUCACAAUCUCAGUGCUGUGGUGGAGAGGAGAGAUCCCAAAGCUGCACCUGGAUCUCUGCUGGGAGACCCUGUGGUGAUGGUGACACUGAAGCCCAGCAUUCCUGAAGUGGUGCCCAGUACAGGCCAACUUGGGGAAUUCCUCUUUCUCAUAGACUGCAGCCUCUUCCAGGAUGCACAGAACACACUGCUCUUCCUCCUCAAGAGUUUGCCUGGGGGCUGCUAUUUCAACAUCUACAGCUUUGGGGCCACUUUCAAAGCCUUCUAUCCGCAAAGUGUGGAAUACACGCAGGAAAGCAUGGACAAUGCUGUGAGACGCCUCUCUUCCAUCUGCCCUGAUCUAGGGGGCUGUGACCUCUUGGGCCUCCUAAAGUCUAUCUACAGCACACCUCUCCUUCGUGGGCAUCCCCGCCAGCUCUUCAUAUUCAUCCAGAGGAAGAUCUCCAGCGAAGAGGAAGCUAUCAUGGCUGAAGUCCACCGCUACCGUGAUGACCAUCGGUGUUUCUGUUUUCCUGUUAACAGCUGUGACAGCUUCAACCUUUCCCAGGCCAUUUCCCUGGAGACCAAGGGUGAAUGUGUGUGCAUCCACUCCAGGCUGGACAUGACAUCUGAGGCAGUGAAAUGCCUGCAGCAGGCCCUGCAGCCUCUGGCAAGUGAGAUCUCACUACGCUGGGACCUUCCACCAGGCCUGGAGGUGACAAUGAUUAGAAAAGCUCCUGAGUCUAUCUUCCAGGGACAUCAGAGCAUCAUCUAUGCCCAGAUCCAUGGACAAGCACAGGAUCCAGAGGCAGAUGUGGCAGCUGUGACCCUAAAGUACCAUGUGGGCAGCCAGUCCUUCGAUUACACACUCAGGUUCUCACUGUCCCCAUCAGCAGAUGACAGGCUGCCUGUGCACCGUAUGGCCUUGAUGCAUCUGCUGUGGAAACUUUCCCGGGGUGGGACAAGCAGGUCAGAGAAGGACAUCUGGCAGAAUGCAGUUAAGUUCAGCGUCAGCCUGGGGGUCCAAUCCCCCUUCACAUCCAGCACAGCUGUACGCAUGGAACUGAUGGAUACCUGCCACCGUGAUUCUUUGCCUCUAGACUCCCCCAUGCUGUUUCCUCCUUCUCGCAACCUGGUUCCCUGCCAGCUCCUCUGGUGUGGCUUCAGGCCUGUGUGGUUCGACUCCACCAAGUUUUGGAUGGUCCAAAAGUUCCAGUUCUGUCUUGAGAUGCUUCAUCCCAAAGCCUCUGACGCUGUAGCACUGACCAAGCUUUCAUCCCCCUGUAAAGAGCAGGAAUCUCCUCCUGAAGAGCUGGUGAUGGAGGAACCACCACCAUUUCACAUAAGUUGGGACUGGAAAAUUUCACCGUUGUCGACAAGAUUGUGUGACUUCUCCCGUCUCAGGGCAGUAGUGGCACUCCAGAAAGCAAAUGGCUCGUGGGACCUGACCUCAGCCCUGACCUCAGCCUUGGGGCUCAGCAAGGCUGAAGUUAAUGGCCAAAGGCCCAGUAAGGAUGUGAAACCAACUGCCUGGGCCACAGUGUUGGCCUUAGUCUGGUUGCACCAGUAUAAAUGGAGGGUAUCUUGGUCAGAACUUCUGGAGGCCAAGGCUUGUAGGUGGCUACGGGACCAAACUGGUAAGUAGAUUUUGCUGGGAGGAGUCAUACUCUAGGCAUUUCCCACAAAAUGCACAGCCAACACCCACGUUCCUCUUUCCCUGUGCUCCUGUGUGGCAGUCUAUGAGACUGCCAAUACACACUGUCUUCCCUUUCUGAGUUGUGUUUGCCCUCUACUUUUUCUCUCUGCUUGCAGAAAUCCAUCUGGAUGA